UCCUCACGCUGCGCGGACAUUACUAUGUGUAUAUUGGACCAACGGCAAUGCAUUUGUAUAUAUAAUACAUAUAUUGACUGAUAUUGACAUUAUGGCUAGUCCACGUACUCGACAAAUUUUAAAUCAAUUAAAAGUGAAAGAUGAAAAUAACAAAUGUUUCGAAUGUGGUACACAUAAUCCUCAAUGGGCUUCGGUUACAUAUGGUAUUUGGAUAUGCCUUGAAUGCUCAGGAAAACAUAGAGGACUUGGAGUUCAUCUGUCAUUCGUGCGAUCUGUUUCUAUGGACAAAUGGAAAGACAUAGAAUUAGAGAAAAUGAAAGUUGGUGGAAAUAAACUUGCUCGAGAAUUCUUUGAAGCUCAACCGGAUUGGAGUAAUUCCAUGUCCAUUUCUCAAAAAUACAAUACCAAAGCAGCUGCAUUGUACAGAGAUAAGAUUGCUACAUUAGCGCAAGGAAAUUCUUGGAGCCCUACUGAAUCUAAGAUAACGGUAUUUCAAUCUCAAAAACAAUCAGAACUACAAGAAAAUUCUGCUUAUCAAAAUGAUUUGACUGCCAGUUACCAGAAUGCUAAUUCACCUGCCAUUAAAGCACAAACAGAAUCCUUUUUUGCUAGAAGACAAAAUGAAAAUGCUAAUCGUCCUGAAAACAUUCCGCCUAAUCAAGGAGGUAAAUACAGUGGAUUUGGUUAUCAAAUGGAAGCACCUCCAAAAAGUAUGUCCCAAGAAUUCUUUGACAAUGCAGUAUCGUCUUUAACAAGUGGCUGGCAAAUAUUUUCUUCUAACGCAUCAAAAAUAGCAUCUAAAGCUACAGAAAAUGCUAUUAAAAUUGGAGAACUUGCAGCAUCAAAGGUAGGAGAUUUUGGAAGGAAAGGCUGGGGUGAUAUUGGUGGUACAAAUACGGCGGAGCAAAGUCAAUAUAGUGUUGGAGAACAUUAUCAAAAUUCAUCAAACACUUAUCAAAAUAAUAUUGAUAAGCAAUCAUGCUCUAAUGAAAAAUCAUCUUUAAUAACUGGUUCUAGUAUGAAGAAUUCUCCCACUUAUCCAAGUUCAGAUAAUUCUAAUUGGAAUUGGGGAGAUGAAUCAGAACAAUCAAAUGAUACAUCAGCUGAUAUAAACUUGUCUUCAAAAAGUUAAAAAUAGAAAUUUGAUAGCACUGUAAAAGUAUAACUGUCUCUAUUUCUUAAGCAGAUAAAUGGAAUUCCGAAUUUAAAAUAAUUUCAUAGAAUGAAAUUUAAAAAAGCUAAUUGUAUUAUCUUGUGUAAAUUAUUUUAUCAAAGUUUAUAAUAUUUAGUUAUUUCUUGCAUUUAUUAUGAACAGCAUUAGACUAGAUUAAAUAUAAAGUAUA